UAAUGUGGAUGGCCUCUUUCGUUCCCGCCAAAACUAAGCAUAAAUUUGUAUAUAAAUGAGUGACAUAAUAAACGAGGGGUGUUUCAUAUGAACUAUUUGAUUGACUGUUGGGGUCGAAAUUUUAUAUAUUUUCUAGUGAAUCAAAAAACUAACCAUGAGAUGGAAAUGCCUCGGCUUCAAUAUAAAUUUGAAAGUAUCUAGAAAGGAUCUUUUAUAGUCAUUUUCAGAGUUGUGCAUUGGGGUUGAACAUUAAUUCGUUGCCAUUGUUUGAUUACAUCACUCGAUCAUCUAGUGUAGUACAAGCAGGAGUAAGCCUGCCUCUUAUGUGCAUCAUAGUUAAUGGAAUAAAAAAAAAUCACCAUGCUAAAUUUGUCUUCACCUGUAGCUACCUCGCUCCUUGAAGUGACGUGCCAACAGCAGUGAAUUCAAAGAAAGCAAAAUUCUUACUGUUACUUACAUUGUAAAAAAAUUAGUAUCUGAAGCUAAGCUCACAUUGUAAUGAUCCAUUGAAAUGGUGCCAGUAGCAGUACGCAGCAUUUGUCAUGUAUUUCCGCGCUUAUGAAAAAACAAUUCUUACAGAUGCUCAAAACGCUGUGUUUGGGAUGUUUCUUUGGUAAGACUUGCUUACUAGGGAUAGCACCAGAAUGAUUGUGGUCUUUGAAGAGUGUUCUAGCGACAUUCUUCAGUGAAUUUUACGUUAAUUGUGUGCUCAGAACUUUGACAAGUGUAGCGCAAUGUUGUAGAAAACCACCCCAGCAACCAGAAGAAGAGAGAAGCACGGUCCGUGCCUGUCAACAAUCAAAUCGUAACCUGCAUUGGGAUAAAACUAUUCUCUCCAUACGUGAACACUAUUAGAAUGAUGUUAUGACAAUGUACUCUUUUUAUUAUGUACCUCGAAAGCUCUUUAAUCUAACUUAAAUUACUGCUCAUUCGUCGUUUGAUUCAUUUCAAUCGUUUGGAAGCUGGAACAAACUAAACUAUCACGUAAAAAUGUUAUUUGAGAGGUAUAAAAUAUACUCUUGUGUGUAUUUUGGCGGGAAUUUGAUUGUUAAACGCGAAGACAAAUUUAAAUAUUUUAAGUUAUACACAACUCGGCCGUUUAAUUAAGGUCAGAGGGUCGCCUGAAAGAGUCAUAUUUGAAUAUUUAUAAACUAUAGAAAAGAAAGGGUAUUUUGGCGGCGUUCCACUUCAAGGGUUUAGUUUAAGCACAAGAGUUUAAUGUAAAGCUCCAACGCCAUACGUUACUUUGACUUACUGAAAGCGAAAAAAGGACUAGUUUUGGUUGGGAAAAUUAUAACUACACAACGUUACCGUGUUAUCAUCAUAAAGGAGUUGUUAUCAUUAAAAAUGUGUGACAAGCUAUCUCCGUGUGACGAACCUGUGAGCAAGCGAAGUAAGAUCGCUCCUUUCAGUAUGACAUUUUCAAGUGAACACGUACAGAAUUACCUGUUUGGUAAAGCAAAGUCUGUUGCUACCGAUGGAUCUUGUUCUUUGGUCAAUUCUUCAGAAGUGCCAAGUUUUCAUGAAGACCUGCCUCAUAUUGUUAGGUUUUGCAUCUCAACUGUUCCAGGAGCUGGAUAUGGAGUCCGGGCGAGUGAGAUAAUACCAGAAGGAGCUUGGAUUGGACCUUACAAAGGAGAGCUUGUAACGCCGGAAUACUGUAUUGAUGCAUUGGACUCUUCAUAUCUGUGGGAGAUUUUCAAAGAUGGUGAACUGCAAGCAUACAUAGAUGGGAGAGAUCAAAMCAACUCAAGUUGGAUGAGGUUCAUUCGUUGUGCAAGACAUAAACAAGAGCAAAACCUGUACGCUUUCCAAUAUCGUGAAAAGAUUUACUAUCGCGCGUUCAAGACGAUAAACCCUGGCCAGGAAUUACUGGUCUGGUAUGAUYAUAUCUACACUCAGUACCUUGGAAUACCCUGCCAGGGUAUUUAUGACAUGGCUUCUUCUAAAGGCCCUACGAAGUUUCCAGGUAAUUUGGUUGUGGUAGCCGAAGAAGAGAGUUUGCCAGCUACACCCCCAACAAGUCCCAGAAGAUCACCAAAUGAUUCUCCAACCGAACCAUCUGCUGUUCGUGACAGGUUGUGCAGGAGAUCGCUGUAUGGUUUUACGCAAGCUUCAACGAUUCCAGUGAUUUCACGACCACCAGCUCUGCAAUCUAAAGGAGACAUUUCUAAUCUCGAAGUGAAAGCCAGCGAGGUAAAUACCACAGUGAGCCAAGAAAUUACAUUGAAUGAAUCUAAGAAAGACACCACUAGCCAAUGUCAAACUGGACAUAGUGUCGAGGAAAAUCAGAUUAAUCCGACAGGUGUCAGUUUACCGUCCUCACCUACAGAAGAACAGCCUCUGACCAUUCAAUGCGGUCAGUGCAAAAAGCACUUUACACAGAGAAGCAUGUUACACACACAUAUUUGUUCAAGUAUAACUAGUCAACCUUAUCAGUGUGGGCAUUGUGAUGAACGGUUCUCAAGUCCGGGAGAAAUGACAAUACACGUUGCUAUUCAUCAAGACAAGAAACCCUUCAAAUGCGGCUACUGUUCACGAUCGUUCACCGGUGCAACGACACUCAACAAUCACGUGCGUAUGCAUACCGGAGAAAAACCGUUCGACUGCUUUAGAUGUGGUAAAACGUUCACUAAGGGUUUGCAACUUAGUAAACAUCAGAAAGACCCAGUAAACUGUGUGCCUUGCACAAAAUAUAUGCACAACUCUAGCAUAGCUAGUGCACGUCCGCUGACCAAUAAACAAUUAAAUCUUGUCUAAGUUAUGUAUAGGUUGAAUGUCUCACAGUUAAGAGUUUAUAGAAUAGUACGUUGAAUGGAAUAACUGUAUAUAGUUCAUGGUUUAAUAGUUGUAAUUAUUUGAAACGUUGUACAUGAGAAGUAUCAAUAAAAAAUAAACUAAUG